AUGACUGGAGCAGUAUCAGAUGAUUCGUUCGAAGCCACGUACGCUGUCGACAUGCACUGUGAUGGCUGUACGAAAGAAAUUGCCUCUUGUUUGAAAGGUAUCCCAGGACUUCAACUGCAAUUCGAUGUAGCCAAGCAAAUGAUGUCCGUGAAGGGUUGUGUUGCACCUUCUGUGAUUAUUUCUACUUUGCAAAAGUGUGGCCGAGACGCAAUUAUCAGGGGAACUGGAAAGCCCAAUAGCGCGGCAGUGUCAAUCUUGGAAACGUUCGAGACAAUCAGCAAAAAUGACACACCUGUACGUGGGUUAGCACGCAUCGUGAGUGUCAGUGAUACAAAGACGCUGUUUGACAUUACACUGAAUGGAGUUCCGCAUCCCGGCAAAUUUUAUGCGUCAGUUCGUGCAUGUGGUGACAUCUCCAAAGGUCCUGAAUCAACGGGCAAUCUAUAUUACAAAUUUCCGGAACCUAUCGAAUGCAACUCUCCUAGCGACUUGGGCAAGGACUUAUACAGUGGACAGGCCUUUCUGAGCGCUCCUCUACGGGUGUGGGAUUUGAUAGGACGCAGCUUCCACGUCACAUCGGAUCCUAACCAUCGCACAGGCCACGGCUACGAGAUGUGCGGCGUAAUUGCGCGUAGUGCAGGAGUAUGGGAGAACGAUAAGCAGGUGUGUGCAUGCAGCGGUAAAACCGUGUGGCAAGAGCGCAAAGAUGCACUAGACAGGAACAUUACCAAUUAG